AAAAUAAUUAACUGAAGAAGGUUAUCUAUCCAACCUAUUUAUGUGGGAUUGAUUUUGAUACAUUCCUUACCAUCCAAGAAAAUAAUUAAAUAUAUAUUUUUUUUUAGAAAGUACCAAGUAUGGCGACCAAAGUGUAUUACUUUUCAAUGAAAUUGCCGAAGACAAAACAAGAAUAGAUUGGAAUAAUUUUCUAGACUUUCUCAUUGAUAAUAUGAAUCCAAAAGUUGAUCUUCCAGUGCAAUUAACUGUUGGUUCUAUCGAAUCUGCAUCACACAUGAGUAGGGAGACCAUUACGAAAAUAGUUGUAAUAGAAACAGAAAAAUACUUCUGCUAUGCAGCCGUCUCCCAAUACGGCAGAAUAGGCAUAUACGAUGGCAAUCUAAAUUUUAUGACUUCCUACCACGUCAUAAUGACCCACAAGGAUUUGGAAAGAACCGACGAUGAAAGAAGACGAAGAAAUAGAUGGAUCACAGACGCUAUAUUUUGUGUCGAUAUCCAAAUGUUGAUCGUAUCGAAUUCGACGAGAAGCAUUGCCAUUUACGAUGCUUCCGGGCUGAAGCAUGAACCUUUGUGGUUGAUAAUAGGGUCUCCAGAAAUUAUUGAAUGUCUAGCUUACAAGAAAAUCUCUCAAAAUAAGGUUAGACAAGGCUCACAGUGUAUUUUAUUUGGAGGAACAAAUGCAGGGGAUGUAAUUCUAUUUAAGUUUUUACAGCCAGAAACUUCAUUAUUGAGACGUAAGCAUACGGAAAAAAUAAAUAUAAUUUACUGGCAUG